UCAGAAUCAGACCGACACAGCAGCCAGCAGCUAGCACACUACUUGCUUGCUUGCUUUGCUUUGCUUUGCUUGUAACUACCCACAACUACCUCUACUUGCAUUGGCCUGCAGCGUUAGCUAUGGCCAACAACAAGCUCCCCGCUCUUCCCCUCGCCGCCGUUCUGCUGCUGGCGCUCGCCGCGCCCUCACUCGCCGGCGACCCUGACAUGCUCCAGGACAUCUGCGUCGCCGACUACAAAUCCCUCAACGGCCCUCUGAGGCUGAACGGGUUCCCGUGCAAGAGGCCGGAGAACGUGACGGCCGACGACUUCUUCUCCGGCGUGCUGGCGAGCCCCGGCGACACGGGCAACGCGGCGGGGUCGGCGGUGACGGCGGCGAGCGUGGAGAGGCUCCCGGGGCUCAACACCCUGGGCGUGUCCAUGGCGCGGAUCGACUACGCGCCGUGGGGCGUGAACCCGCCGCACACGCACCCGCGCGCCACCGAGGUCAUCUUCGUGCUCCAGGGCUCCCUCGACGUGGGCUUCCUCACCACCGCCAACAGGCUCUACGCCCGCACCGUCUGCAGCGGCGAGGUCUUCGUCUUCCCGCGCGGCCUCGUCCACUACCAGAGGAACAACGGCGCCACCCCCGCCGCGGUCAUCUCGGCCUUCGACAGCCAGCUGCCGGGCACGCAGGCCGUCGCCCAGACACUCUUCGGCGCCUCGCCGGCGGUGCCCACCGACGUGCUGGCCAGGGCGUUCCAGAUCGACGCCGGCCUCGUGGAGGCCAUCAAGUCCAAGUUCCCGCCCAAGUAUUAGGCGCCGCACGUACGCGGGGGCGUGUGUCU